AUGAGGUUUUCGUUUCGUCUAGCCACGGGGAAAAGAGAGAGAAAGAAAAUCAGAACCGUCGUGAAGCCAGAAGAAUUGAAGACAUCAAUCCCAGAGAAUGUCAUGUUGUUGGAGAUCCUGCCGAGAUUACCGGCGAAAUCACUGAUGAGAUUCAAGUGCGUGUCAAAGCUCUGGUGUUCCUUCAUCUCCUCCCGAUAUCUUACCAAUCUUUUCCUUAAAUCUCCAUAUUCUGCGCAAGGAAGGCGCGUGUUCAUGUCUUUUGUGGACAGGGAAGAGCCGUACUUCAAGUAUGCGUUGGUCUCAUCAUCUCAUGGCUCUGUCCCUGUCAUAUCGCCUUAUGACUCUGUCCCUGUCUCUAAUCUCGACCAAGAUCUGGACAUGCAUGGAAUAGAAGGCUUCUUCGUGAACGCCCUUCGCGGGUUGGUGUGUUUUAGAAUUGGGACAAGAGUGCGUAUAUGUAACCUAACCACCAGGCAAUAUGUGAACUUGCCCCUCUUAAGAUCAAGAAUUAUGGCUGCAGCUAAUGACAACAUAUGGAACUAUUUUGGACACGACCCUGUUCAGGAUGAGUACAAAGUGCUUAGCACAGUUUGGGAGGUGAGCGAGGAAGAAAGAGUAGUGAGAUCCGAGCAUCAUGUGCUGGUACUUGGUCCUCAAGCUUCAUGGAGAAACACAAAAAGCACCGUUCCUCCUCCUCCUCAUCGUCCUUACUCACAAGGUAUCACCAUCAACGGUGUAUUGUAUUAUGGAGCUUGGAUUGAUAAGAAUAGAUGUGUGAUUAUGAGUUUUGAUAUGAGGUCUGAGGACAUGGAUGUAUGGGUUGUUAUGGAUGCCGGGAAGAGUCAAUGGUCGGACAAGAAGACUUAUGUUUUGCCUAAUUUCCAAACGCUUGCCAUGUCCAAUCGGUUGCUAAUACAAGCCACUAGUCACAGCUGUGAGAUUAGGCUGUCAAAGGAAGAUAUAUAUAGACCACGCUCUGCCAUAUAUGAUCUGGAGAAGAACAAGAUAACAAGACACAUUCAAAGCAGAAGGCCAUGCUCUUUGAAGCCGAAUGCCAUCAGAAACGACAACAAUUGGUGUAUUGGACAUGAAAACUUUGACAUUGGAUGGUGUAGUAAUGGCAUAGAUCACAAAAUGCGACUUCAUCGAGCUCUCAAGAAAAUCUGGCCACUUCAAAGAGACUGUCAUCGAGCUUUAGAGAAGAAGUAA